AAAAAAAUAUUUGUUUUAUUUAUGUAUUUGAAAUACAUACAUUAUGUAAUUAUAAUUUCUAUAAUAAGCAAUAAUAAGAGAGUGAAAGUAUCAAUAUAUCAUUCAUUAGACUAAAAAUUGGCGGAGAAAAAUUGUUCACUUUCACGAAAAUGGAGCUCUAAAUCCGUAAAAUAAAAAAGUUUCAAAAAACACUGGGCGGGGAAAGGGUUACGGAGGGUUAAGGAAGAGAAAAUGUAACCUUAUAGAAAAAUGUCUCAAAACUUUCUUCUCGAGAGUUCGCGCAGCUGUUAUGCGCGCCGCGCGCACCAACACAUAUAUAGAUGCAGUUAUAUUUCGCGGCAAUCUGUGAAUCGCGCCCCAUCAAGCCCUUAUAACGGUGGCAAUUGGCAACCACACAACACGCAACGUCCACCAACCAGCCAAUCAUAUAUAUACAUCACGUUCAUGCGAAUAAAUAUAUAUAUACAUACAAGCGAUCGGAUCACUCACACACAUUCGAAAAGUGCUACCGCCGCCGCGAAAAUACAUCAUAUUCUUGGUCGAGACAUGCCGCUGGCCCUCUGAUGGUGGCCUUCUCCCGUCUCUUUUUCGUGCACUCUCCGUCCCUUUUUUCGCUCUCGCGCUGAUACCGCGAUUAUUUCCUCUGGCACAUAAGUACUCGCAAAAUCGUUUACACCCUAACAAGUAGUGCAUUCACGGCCCACAGUGUUAUCCGAUCGAUCGCGGAUCGCCAACAUCGGCAGUAAGUAUAAGUAAGUACUCGACGCGGGAACAGACGGAGCCAUGAGUCCUAAGUCCUCGGAGCGCCGAUGACGGUCUCCAGAAUCAAGAUAGCCACAGGAAAGAGAAGCGAGCGAAAGCCAACCCAGCUAUAAGCAGGAAGUAUGGAUCCGUGCACGGGCAACGAGGCCGUGGCAGAGCUUAACAGCAUCGUGAAAGAGGAGCCGAUGGAGCAACCACCGCCGUCGAAGCAACAGGCGCAGGGGCCCGCAGCCUACGCCAUGAGCACCGACAGCAACAAUACCGAGGAAUACGAUGAGGCCGAAUGCACGACCGAGCAUGGCCAGGACUUCGAAAUCAAAAACAACAUGUCCAAGUGCGCGCUCUGUGGCAAAAGCCUUGUGCCCGACGACAAUGCAAAGCUUCUCGAGUGCCUUCACGCCGCCUGCACCAGUUGCAUCAACGCCAAGCUCAGCGAUCAACACGGCACCUCUGUCGACGCCGAGGUCCUGCCCGAUGAGAGAAUCAUCAUGUGCGAAUCUUGCAACGUGGUCAGCCAGCCAGAGAAUUUGAUUGAGAAUCGGUUCUUCUCAAAGUUCCUGGAGGAUGAUGCAAGCAACACUGGCGAGGAUGAUCCCAAGGAUGCUGAGGAGGAAAAGAAGUGUACUAAUUGCAGUGAGAAUGCUAUAGCAACAAGCUGGUGUGUUGAGUGCGAAGAGCUGAUCUGCCAAAAUUGCGUGAUGGCACAUCAAAGGUUAAAAAUAACCAAGGACCAUACCAUAAAGCCCAAGGAGGAGAUUGCUAAUGAUGGAGAAAGUGGUAAGAAGGGGGAAAAAAAACUGCCUGUCUACUUGUUUUGUACACUGCAUCCGCACGAGCAACUAUCUCUAUUUUGUCAAACUUGUGAUCGACUAACCUGCAGAGACUGCCAACUCACUGAGCACAGAGACCAUAAAUAUAAGUUUAUAGUUGAGAUUGCUUCGGAGACUCGACAAUCCGUGAAGAAUUUACUAAAUGAAGUUAGUUAUAAGCGAGAAUUACUGAAAAGUGCUAUGAAGGUGAUCGAAGACCGUCAAAUACUUAUAUCUGAUAAGAAAACAAGCCUUGUACAAGACAUAACACAAAUGGUUAUGCAAUUGACUAAUGCUGUUAGCUCCAGAGGCAAACAGUUAAUAUUGCGCCUAAACGAAGUGUGUGAGCAAAAGCAGAGCACAUUGAAUGAGAAAAAAGUAGCCUUAGAUCAAUUAUCUAAACUGACUGAUCAUUGUAUAGACUUUGUUAAUUAUGCUUUAGAUAAGGGUACUGAUAUGGAGCUGCUUUACAGUAAAAAAUCGGUAACUAAUCACCUGCAAAGAAUAAAAAGUAAAAGAGCAGAUAUUCCUAAUCCCGAGAUUCCUGUCAGAAUACAUUUAUCUAUGGACAAAUUGACAGAUUUAGUUAAAGUGAUAUCGUCUAUUGGGGCAAUUGUCGUUGACGGGCGAGUCUACCCUUCAAAUACACCUCCGUCAACUGAACCGAGUGCACCUACAACACCAAUAAGCGAGCCAGUAGAACAAAAACAGACAAACUCUUGUUCAGUUAGCAUAGUCAUGGAAGGAGCGCCAGCAUCCCAGGCUAUUUCUCUUCUGACUAAUCAACCUGCUGCUAAUAUUCUUCCCAAUGCUUACAUGCAACCCAUGAACAUUCCUAAUACGUCACAUCAACAAAUUGCAAUGCAAUCUCAACAGCACAUGGCCAACCAGCAACAAAUGCAAGCUCAAACGCAAAAUUUUAUACACUACAAUGCUCAUAACAUGCAACAGCGUGCAUCACCUCAGGGUCAGCAGAGGAUGCAAACAUUCAACUUCAAUGGACGCAUGCAGCCACAGCAACAGCCAAUGAUGAUGGCUCAACGUCCAGGACUUGGCCAUCAACAGGUAACUUCGUCGACUCACCCUCAUCAGCAACAAAUGCACGUGGCAGUUCCACCAGAUCCGCACCUGAAUCAAAAUGCGAGUCUUCGUGGACUACUUGCUCACAAUCCACCCGCGUACAGGCCGGCAACUAAUACGGUUCCAUACAGAUUCCCACCGAGGUAUCGAUAUCCCAAUCCAGGUCAGAGGCCCAUAGCACCACAGCAAACCUAUCAGGCCAGUACAUCCCUGCUCACGGGGAUACAAAUGCGGCAGCCGAAUCAGCAGUCAAUGAUCAAUAUGUAUCAGCAUCCACAAAUUCAGCCUCAGCAUCAAUUGCAGCAGCAGCAAUCUCUACAACCUCAGGGACAAGCAGCUAUGCAGCAAUCAGCUCGGCCCUGGCAUAUACCUCAGAACAUGAGCGCGCAAAUACCUGCCAGCUAUCCUGCAAAGAAUCCCGUGCAACAGGAUAUGCCAGCUGCAGCUUCUGGUAAUGCUACUUACAAGAUCACGUUGAAAAAUCAACCAGCUGUUAGCAUUGCUGCCCAAACGAAAAGUAACAGUAAUACUGCAAGUCCACCAGUGAGUAACGAUACAGCUGCGGUGGUCACGCAGACUUCGCAGACGCCAACAACUCAAGCGGUGAGCUCCUCUAUGUCGAAAACACCUAGUCCAGCACCACAUCCUACAGAUGAGAGUCAAAAGAGUCUUGAGAAAUUUUGCCAGAAAUCGCUAAACGAUCUCAUGCUUACCAUUGCCAAACUUGAUAGCAAUGGUAUCAUGGUAAUUCCCGAAACGCAGAAAAACCAACUGGACUCUGCGCAAGUUGAUAGCUCUACCGACGAAGGAGCCAAUGCUAUGACAGAUAACUCUUCUGCGACAUCCAUGACAAAUAAUGAUCCAAACGAGGACUGGUGCGCCGUGUGCAUGGACGGUGGCGAUGCUGUUCUUUGUUGCGACAAGUGUCCUAAAGUCUUCCAUCUUUACUGUCAUAUACCAAAUUUAAAAUCAUUCCCCGAGGAAAGCGAAACGUGGCAAUGCAUGCUUUGCACUAAUGUACUUGACUGCUCUGAAGAUCCAGUGGGAGAAAAGCGACCAAAUCGAAUGAGUACUCGAGAUUUGAGAAUAGCUCAACGAAUAGUUUUAGAGUUGUACUGCCAAUACGAACAAAGUUUACCUUUCAGAGAAGUCGUUCCACCUGAGAUCGUCGAAUAUCAUCGAGUGAUAAAAAAACCGAUUGCCUUGGAUGUUAUCAAAGAAAAGCUUAAGCCUGAAAGUGAAAAUCAUUACACAGAUUUAAAGCAAGUGAUAGCUGAUAUUAGAUUAAUGUUUAAGAAUGCUUAUACCUUUAAUCCUCCCGAAUCUCAAGUUUUUCAUGAAGCAAAGAGUUUAGAUUAUUUUUUCGAAAAGUUGCUAACAAAAUGGGCAGAGAACUACGCUUCCAAUGAUGCGCAUCUCUCUGCAGAAGGCGAAGAGGAUGAAGAAGUUUUUCCACCGAAUAGGAAAUAUCGACGUAUUAUUAACGAUUAGAGCGCGAACAAUGGGGUUUAAGUAAUUGUAAAAUAGAAUUGUUAAAAUAAUUUUUCUAAUUGACAUUGGAUAAACGCAAUUGUUAUCGUUUACGUAUACAAUGUAUACGUAAUAUACAAGUCGAAGGAUGCUUUAUUUUUAAUGGAAAUAUUCAUUUUCUGCGAUUAUUAAUUUGAAUAUAUCAUUCGCACCCCGACAAUACACCGCUUUAAUAUUCGCAUGCGUAUCGUGUAUUAUAUUUUGGUUUAACUCGUUGCAGAAUAAUAAAUAAUUUUUCAUACCUACACUGGAAUGCCGAAUUUUUGCACGCUAUCAAAAGACAUAAAAAAUAAAAUUUUACGUAUUAAGUUUAAAAAACAAUAUAUUUACACAAAAUGCAUAAUGCGGACAUUAAUAUUAAUAACUCUUAUUCAACUUGAAAAAUUUAUAAAAAUUGUUGCAGAAUUAUACUUGAAAAAUCAUGGUUUUAAAAGUGACAAAUCCUUAAACAUAGAAAUUUUUUAUAUUAUAAUGUUAUUUCAUAUUGCGCAGACCUUGAGUGUUUUUGAAUUAAUGUGACUAGAAUAUUUAUAUUUUUUACUAUCACAGUUUUAUUGACAACAUUUUUUGGCGUCAAGGUCAUGGUGUGCUGUAGUUUACAUUAUACUCAACCGCCAUCAUUUUAUAACAAUCAUUGUAUAUUAAAUUGAUCAGCUACACAUUAAUUUUUGCCCACUUAAAUAUCAUUUUAAAAAAUUAAUCAAAACUUGUAAAUUAUAUAUACAGGAUUCUGCAAGUUUCAGAAGAAGUAUACUUUGAUAUAAAUAAAUACUUGCAAGUUGAUGAUUAAACUUUUUAACCAUAUAUAUCCAAUUAUUAUUAUUAACAAAUGUAAAAUAUUAAACUUGAGUGGAUCAAGUUAGAGAAAAGAAACAUUGUUAUCCAGGCAAUUGAUAAAUAUUUUUGAUGAACAAACUAUUUUAGGUGUACAUGUUAAAUAUAUUUGUGUAAUUUAUGUACCAACAUUGUAGGUUUUGCAAAAAUAAAUUUAUUAAUUCAAAUCAAAA